GUGGAGAGCGGACGUGCGCGUCGGAACGGAAAACUGAAUUACGAAAAAUUGUGUAGUGGGUGUUGGAAAUAUAGUGUAAACGUGUGUGUUAUAUGUUCUCUGGCUGAAAGGAAGAUGACCGUGGCCUUUAUCAGAUUAUGAAGCCCCGAAUGGGGCUGAGCCUCAACCAGGCGCUAUGUGGGGUGUCGGCGUGUUCAUAUUAUCGCAGAUAGUUGUAUGCCAGUUCACUACAGAAAACUCGACAUCCGAAGACACAACUGUGACCCCAUACUACGCGCUCAGCACUGGUAUAGUCCCGGCACCAAUAAUGCUGCGACUGGGCAAUUCCACGAUAGACAGCACCAAAUCCUUCAAAGUCCCGCAGCAAGAGGCACCAGUUGUGCCCCACGUGGUGUCCGUCAAGUCGUACUUCGAUCACGGGAAGUAUGGACCGACGUUUGAAGAUGUACCUGAUGGGAAUAUGUCGAAGAUAACGGUUCAACUUGGAGAGGAUGCGCAUCUUAAUUGCAGGAUUAGUCUGCUUCAGGAUAAGACUGUAUCCUGGGUAAGACGUCGAGGUAGAGAUGAAAUUCCCGAACUGCUGACAGUCGGCGCGGUAACUUACGCCGCUGACGACCGCGUGACGGUCGCCAAGCGUUACCCCGGCAACUGGAAGCUUCUCGUAAGGGAGGUGAAGCCGGAAGACGAAGGAGUUUAUGAGUGCCAGAUAUCAACGCAUCCGCCUAGAGUUAGCAGGAUAUAUCUGCAUGUAAAUACACCACAAGUCUGGGUGGUAGACGAAGCUGGUGCUCCUCUCCUAGAGAAGUUCUAUGAAGCGGAGUCGACCCUCGCGCUGGUCUGCAGAGCGCGGUACGUGGACACACCGGCGGUGCUUACGUGGCUACAUGAGGGAAAGGCGCUAAAUUCUGACACGUCGAGAGGGGGUAUCAGUGUAAAAACAGAACAAGUGCCAGGCGGCGCGGACAGCGUGCUUCGCCUAGCGCGUGUGAACAGCAGCGACGCGGGGAACUACACGUGCGCCGUGCGCGGCGCCAAGCCGCAUACUGUCGCAGUUCACGUGCUGAACGAAAGCCUAGCGGAGCUGCACGCCAACGCCGGAAUUCACACACCACAAAAAAUCACUGUUAUAACGUUAUUUAUUAUAACAGUGAUAUUAUCACAGUCGACGUUAUUCACAGUGGUUGUUAUUUUAGCAACUCUAGUACAUAAUAUUAGGGUCCAAGGCCUUUUAAAAGAACGAUUUACGGGGCUCAUGUUUCCCACGUGAUAGUUAUAUUGUAAAUAGUUUGAUUUUAAAUAUUAUACAUAG